AAUUCAUUGUAAAAACUAGGAGGGACGGUGUGAUGAAUAUUAAGCAGGCCCCAAACACUCUAAGAAUCAGAACCCUGUGCAGUGCUUAUAGCCCGCAGUGUUUCAGGUGGUGUUCAUGAGGACAUGGUAUCUCGUUGGCUCGAUGUUUAAAGAAGCUGUUGAACAGCAACAUAAGCCCUGAAAUGUGUUAGACUACAUAAUGCAUCUACAGCCUAUGAUACAAACCUCAUCAUAUGCAGAGGUGUUUGAAAGCAUUGUGAAACACAUCGACUAUAAAUGGAUUCACUGAUUAGUAUUCUGCGCUGCAUUGCUGCGCUGUAGCUUUUAGACGCGCACCUCCUCCUCCUCAUCCUCAGUGACUGUCAUCAUGGAGGAAGAGCAGACCACCGGAGCCGAGUGAAGAGGAGAAAACGCUCAACCCUUCUUUGUUUCUCCUGCUUUGGUUAAUAAUCGAAUAGACGUUGCAGACCUGGUUGCAGAGGUAAAACCCGCAGACUGCACACUGACCGUUCAGCACCGCGGACAGCUCCGGGCCUGAUCCUGCACUGGCCUCCUCCUGACUCCUACAAACACCUCAUCUCAUCUGUUUGCAGGUGACCUGCUCCCAAUCAGCUCUGCAGACACGUGAGGGGCGACAGCAGCCAACAUGAAGCACUUUCUGAGGGUGGUCACCCAGUUCUUCGUGUUCCUCUACUGCAAAUGUCUGUGGCGGGGCCUGAAGUUUGUCGCCAGGAAGUUUACGGGCCGCUGCGAGCUGCAGCGAAUCUGCUACAACAACAAGCAUGGCGCCCGCAGGACCCUCAAGAUAGAAUCAUCCCUGAGGUACUCCAAGAACGAGCUGCUGCAGUCUGCCCUCAGUGUCCAUCCUGACAAAGUGGAGAAAACCAUUGAUGACAUCAUGGCCUUGAAGAAGAUUAACCCUGACACCAACCCACAGUUAGGGAUCUCUCUUCAGGCCAGUCUGCUGCAGAUCGUGGGCUACAGGAACCUGGUGGCGGAGGUGGAGAAGCUGCGCAGGGAACCUUACGACUGUGAAAAUCCUGAGAAUGAGAAGAUGCUAAUGAAGCUUUGGAAGGAGCUGCGUCCUGACACACCUCUCACCAGCCGCAUCUCCAAACAGUGGUGUGAAAUUGGUUUCCAAGGCAGCGAUCCCAAAACUGAUUUCAGAGGCAUGGGCCUGCUGGGCCUGCACAACCUGCUGUACUUUGCAGAACAUGACAAGGCUACUGCUCUGCAGAUGCUCCAUGACUCCCUGCAGCCAAAGCACAAUGAGAUAAACAAGCCUGAAUGGGAACAGAAAAACCUCGACAAGGCUAUUGGCUUCUCUUUUGCCAUUGUGGGCAUCAACAUCACAGACCUGGCCUACUCUCUGCUAGUGAGCGGAGCUCUGAAGACUCACCUGUACAACGUGGCCCCAGAAGUGCCCAGCCUGCUGCACUUUCAGCAGACCUUCUGUUACCUGAUGCAGGAGUUCCAUCGCUUCUGGAUCGAGGAGGAUCCCAGCGACAUCAUGGAGUUUAACCGGGUCCGCUCCAAGUUCCACCGGAGGAUCCUGAGGCAGCUGAAGAACCCAGACAUGGCCCUGUGCCCCCACUUCGCCGCCUCUGACCUCCACCUGGUCAACCUCUAAACACCUGUGACCCCCCCUCCCCCAGCUCCCCCACUGACCCUUCACAAUCAGAAAAAAAACCCUUUGUCCUCACAACUGGGGUGACUCUGCUCCUUUCUCCUGCUCAGCUAAGGUCAUGUCGCGUCACUGCCAAAAGCCCACACAACCACUGCACAAACACACACACACACAUACACACACACACACACAAACACACACUGCCUCUGCGCCCUCACUGCAGCGUCAGACCACCAGCAUCAGAGACGACCAUAGCGAUUGUAGCUGUGCAUGAGGAGGCUGCAACACGCCGUCACACACUCAUCUUUGCUUUAAUGAUUCAUGACGAUUGUACGACAGCCGUUACACCUCAGUUACUGAUUCUCAUACAAAACCAAACUUACUUUCUUUGCCAAAAAUCCCCUCCUAGGUUGCAGCGUAGUGAUCAUCACGUUAAAAUAUUUUGACAAUUAGAUUGAUGGGCUUUUAGAUAUGAGCUUAAAUAUGUUAAAAAAUAAUAUUUUGUAUUCAAAUGGAGAGCUAGAGAUAUAUAACGUGAGUUUUAAUGAGUUGUUGACGCAUGAAAGGAAAUGCUUCUGGCUCAGAUUCAAUCAAAAGUGAUAAAACAACACUGGGCCAGCUCAUUUCUUCACUCUGUCUGUAGUCCGUCUUUAAUAUAGAUUGUAUUCUACUUUUUCGUCAACAUGACAUUUACACCGAAGACUUCUACUUGCCAAAAUAUCGAAUGUGGAAAGCUUAAAAUCACAGGGUGGUUUUUGUUACGUGAGCUUAAAUGUACGUUUUGUAAACCUGCUGAAUCAUGUUCAUAAACGUUUAUCAAGGUGUUGCAUUAGGCAACAAUGUUCCCUAUUUGGAUCUUAAAGGAGCUCUGACUCUAAAUAUUAAAACUCUGACCAGCUUCUCGUGCAUGUUUACACCCAGAGACUCGAUAAGAAUAAUACUUUAUGAACUUUUAAAGGUUUACAAACAUAUUUUGCCUUUGAUUUGUAACCAUUGCAAGGAUUCUUUUAUGAAUGUUUCUCACACGCUCACAUUCAUGAUUGUUUGCUUCUUUUUUAAUCCAUUGAAUGUGACACUGUGUCCACUGUUGUAACAGCCAAAGCAAUAAUUUACAUUCAUGUCACUUCACAUUUCUUUAAAUGUAAUUGUGAGCACCACGCGUGCCUGAGUGUUUGUUUUAACUCAGAGCUGGAACGAUAAUUAAUGUGUACUCGUUAUGUUAAGCAGAGGGAACUGACCACCAUGCUCACUGUAAGAUACGAGUGUAGUUCUCUCCUCAGUAAUGUGUUGGAUGCAGUUGCAGUUCAUCUUACACUUUUCAGAAAAGUAUGAAAAUCUGCUAAGCUGAAACAUGUCACCUGGUUCAGUCAAGCCAAAGUCACAGAGGACAGACUGACGGGUGGUACAGGAAGCAGUGGAGCUAAAGGACGAUAGUCUUAAAACUGGAGUUCAAGGAUCCCACAGAGGGGACGCAGACUUUCUGACUGGAGUCUCAGCUAUUUUACUUUUCUGUCAUCCAAUCAUGUCUACUUUAAACACUAAUAUUCAAAGUAUCAUUGAGCUUAAAUCUUUUACGACUCAAAAAUGAGUUUUGUCCAAAUUAACAUGCAAGAAAAAAGUGCAAGCAAAAUUCUGCGUGCUGUUAAACUGAAAAAAACAUUUCAUUGGCAGGACUUUUUUUUGCAAUUUUUGAUGGACUGAUCCCUCUCCACUGCACCUGUCUCAUGAAAUAGAUGUGCUCAGUAUUUUUGCAGAAAUUUAAAUUACAGUUUGAAUAUAGUCUUCUACAUUUAAGUGUGAAGAAUUCUACGAGAAAUGCAAAAGAAUGCAAAAGAAAAGUCUGACAAACAUGUCAUUUGAUCCAGCAGAAGGAUAUUUUUCAUCCUUUUCUAUGUUGUUAAUUGUCACAUGACCCCUGAAAGACUGGACACUGAGAUCCUCUUCAUAGUCUCCUGAACAUCAGUGUGAUUAUCUUCUCAGCUCUGAGUCCCAUUUUUAAUUAUCACUCAAAUACAAAAACACAAAAAACACAAAUCUGACAUACAUGCACUUCUUCGUAACGUAGUUUACUCCCUGGAUCAUGUGACUGCUGUAUUUUAGAUUCCUGAGCACUCUCAGUGAUGACGUGUGAUGCUAACAGCUCUGACUAUCAUUCUCAUCACCAAACUGAAAAUGUAAGGUAUGAUUUCUCUGCCAUGCUUGCACUGUUGAUUGUGUUUUUGAUAGUAUUAUAUGAACUCUGUUCCAUUAGAAGUGAUGCUUUCCGUCAGUAUUAUGCAGCUGUUUACUUCAGUGAAUGUCAGCGCUGGUUUCAUCUCCUGCUUACGUUUCCUUUCGCUCUGCUUUGGUCAGCUUUGCACUAAUGUAAAGAUGCAACGCAGUUUGUUUUAAGAUAGUAUUUCAGUGAUUUGUGGUUUUAGGAGAAUAAGGGCCAAUGUGUCCAAAGAUACUGUAGAUGAAGUUUAGUACAUGCUGCUGUAUAUUCUGCUUUGAAACUGCCUCUAAGACGACACAAUCUGCAUGAAGAUAUUUUCAUUGUCACUGAUAACGGCAUUCUGUAUUCUGCAGUAAAGCCUCAAGUACUUCUAGAUAUUGUAACUGUGAGCUUCAUUUGUCUGUGCUGUACUUUUUGAGAUCACAAUAAAAAGUCUAUAAGAUAACUGCUGACUAUUACUUUCACUUAGUAUUUCUUAAAAUAAACAUCCACAACUAUG